AUGGCGGUCGAUGACGCGGUAGCCGCGAGCUUUUUGGAGCUCAACACUGCGCUCAAGCGCGAAAAUUAUACACGUGCUGUAGAAAUCUGCAACAAGAUUCGUUCCAAGUUUCCAGAUGACGUAGAUGCUGUAAAGGUCAAAUGUGUUGCACUUAUUUAUUUAGAAAAGUUCGAUAAGGCGCUGGAAUUGGCUGUCAAGUACGAUUUUUUAAGCACGGAAAAGGCCUAUUGCCUUUACCGUCUAAAGCAAGACGAUGACGCGCUGAAGCUGCUAGAUGGAGAAGAAUUGGACACUCUGAGUGCAGCCCAACUGCAUCUAGCAGCGCAACUGGCACGUCACCAUUUUCGCAAGGAAAAUUACGACCAGAGCAUCCGCAUUUAUGAAAUGUUGCUUGCUCGUGCUCAGGAGGGCGAUGAUCUCUUGGAGCUACAGACAAAUCGACUGGCAGCGUAUGCGAGUGCUGGCAGGAGUCACGAAUUGAUGGAUCGCGAGAUUUUGAUCAAUGCUGGUUUCGAAUUGGCUUUUAACAAGUCGUUUGUGGCUAUCCAGUCGGGCAAUUGGGAGGCAGCCGAGCAACUUUUACUGACUGCCGAACGUAUGUGUCGCGAUGCCUUUGCUGCUGAAGGGGCUUCGGAAGCUGAAACUGCAGAGGAAUUGGCUAUCAUUAAGACGCAGCUUGCAUUUGUGAAACAAAUGCGCGGUGAUGUGGACAGUGCUCUUUCAGAUUACCGUAACGUUCUGAAGCUCAAGCUGCGCAACCGUGCUGUGGGAGUUGUGGCUUCGAAUAACAUUGUGACGAUCCGCAAGGACCGCGACGUAUUGGACUCGUUAAAGCGGUUGAAAAAUAUUGAUGCAACGGCGUUGUCGGACAAAUUGACCUCUGCGCAGCAGGAGGCUAUCCUUGCGAACCGCACGCUAAUACUGUGCCUCAUGAACAAGACGGAGGAAUCCCGUGAGAGCUUAGAGGCCUUAAAAAAGCAAUUUCCUGCAUCGAAGUCAAUUGCCGAUAUAUCGUUGUUGCUCACCAUCAAGGAUCAUUCGCCUGCAGCGGCCAUUGAGCAGCUUCAGGGUGAUGUGAGUGUAGGUGGUCGCCUUGGCCUUGCACAUAUGUAUUUAAAGAUAGGGAAGGUGCUGAAGGCAGCCGACUGCAUUCGGUCCAUUGAGCAGUUGGCGCACACGCCAGGUACUGUGGCAACCCUUGUUGCACUGUACGAGCAAGCCGGUGACUCGGCAUCUGCGCAAGCCGUACUGGAAAGUGCCGUGGCUCACCACAAGGCAAUCGACUACACGUCCGAACAGGCCAUGGCGAUUCGCGAAGGUGACUGCUGGUACAAGAUUCAGAAGAAGCAGUUCCGUAAUGCCGCUGACGCGUACUUGGAGCUUUUGGAAGGCGAGACUGCUGGUGCUAUGGAGUGCGAUCUUCGUCUUCGUUCUAUGGCCUCGCUGGUCGUUGCAUUAUCAUUUUGUGAUGCUGAAGCUGCGGAAACGCGGUGUGCUAUGCUUCCUGCUGUCGAGGAAAGCGGUGUUGAUCCAAGUGAAUUGGAGAAGCAGGCUCCGCGCUCGACUCGUCUAGCCGCCAAAUUUGUGGACACUGGUGACAAGAAGAGCGAACGGAAGCGUGCGGCAAAGAGCCCAGAAAGUAUUGCUCGCAAGCGCGCAAAGCGAAGGGAGGCAUAUUUGGCCAACCUUCGCGCUCGUCCAGACUACAACGCGUCCAUCGGACUGGUGAACCCAGACCCAGAACGCUGGAUUCCGCGUAAGCAGCGCUCGCAUGGCAAGCGUGGCCGUCGUGGACGCAACCGCUUUGUCGGCGCACAAGGAGCUGGCAUGGGCACGGAGAAGGACGCUCUCAAGCUGGAUGCAGCCGCACGUGCUGCACGUAAGGCCGAAUCAGACAAGCCCGCUGUUGUCGUGGUGUCCAAUGGCUCGGGCAUUCGCAAGUCCAAGAAGAAAAAACGCAGAUAG